AUGCGUAAUUUUCCUCAAAUCGACACUACAACACUUCCACGCAUCUCCCAAAUAGACUGUUUACCCCAAAACCGCGUAGAUCCUGCAAGGUUCGAAGAGACUCGUAGAGCACAGAAAAUAGACGAACAUAAAAAAGAAACCAUGUCUCAAACAGCUGCCUUGAAAGAACAACAUUAUGGCCGCAGAAGGACGCUGAAUUAUGGCCCAGGAAAUUUACCGCCUAUUUCUCAAAUAUCCAUGGGGGGAAGACAACUCCCCGACGAUAAAGUUCCUGGUGAAAGUUUAAAACUUCCCCCCAUUUCACAAGUCAGUUGCCUCGGAGGAUACGUACAUGAGAAAAAUAUCUUGGAAAAGCCCAUAAAAACUAGAAUCCGGGACAGUGAUUCUGAUUACGUAAAGCGUGCAAAAGCUGGAGGUCAAAGAGACUUGUUGAGUUUCAUAAGUACGCCAGAGAUGGCGCGCGAGUACAAUAAAGAUGUGAACCCGGCGAAAGCUCAUUCCUCGCGUUACCUCCCCGGCUUCACCUCAGAGUCUGAUCCAAGAUGGCGUCCGUCACAUUGGUCAGACUUUACUCGUCAGAGACAACAACGCCAUGGCGAUCAGAGGCUAAUAUGGAGGUAGAUUUGUAAGUUAUUGCAUAAACAGUACCAUAUCAAAAGGUUGUUAAUGUAGUCAGGGACUGUAAAAUGUAUGAUAUGCGCUUAAAUAGUCAGUUCUAUGUAUUAACCUGUCAAAAGACGAGGUAAACUUGAACAAUGUGUAUAUACAUUUCUUUGCCUUGAAGGCAUGUACAUUCCUACUUGCGUGUAUACAGAGGGGCGAAUAAAGCUCCACUUUAGUACAAAAAUACUCGUUCAUGCACACGUAUCCAGGCUUUUAACCAUAAACAGAGGAAGACGGGCUCAUUUAGUUACUGGGAGGGAACUUUUACUCAGUCACGUGAUUGUAUCCCUUAGGCCUGUCUACUGAAGUGAACCGAUCGCCUGGGAUUUUCUUGACAUAUUUUUGUCUUCAUCUGUGGUUAGUCAGCCUCAUGUGUUAAUGAGGCACUGUCAUCUGAAUUCCGUAUCUUGCUAUCUUUCAGCUUUUUUUGUUGACCAGGAUCUCUUCUCAUAUAGAAAAGUCUGCAGCAACACCAAUUUUCGGUGAAUUUCUUGGAAGGAAAUAGAUACAUAUUAUAGAAACUACUUUUUAAGGUGACUCGAGAACCUCUCUUUAUUAAUCCACUGUCAAAUUUGAUCUUAGAGGUCUUCUAAAUUGUAUGAUAGCGCCCCUUUAAAACUGUGGUGACUAGCAGCCGGAAACCAGCGCAUAAACGAACUCUAACUCUGGUGUCAGUUGGGCAGAUUUCUUCUGGGCGUCGCUUUUGCAGUCUCUUGCUAGGCGGCAAAAGAAACCAAUUGAGGGAGCUUAAGCAACUACGACGGCGGCGGCAACAAGAACGUCAAAAACGAUUGGUUUUAUGAACAAAAUAACAGCUCAGCACGUGCAUCAUACUUUUUGGCUCAUCUCCCUGACGUCUACUGUACGACUACAACACGAAACUUUUUUAUGCGAAGUUAUAUAGAGAACGUGAACACACGAAGACGAUUUUUCCUUUUUUCUUUUUAAACUUGAAUGAGGAAUUCAACUCUAGUAAAAAAUUCCCCUACAUUUGACAAACUGAGUGAGGCUAAAUAAACGUGAGAAAGUGAAAAAGAUUGUAAUUUCAUUUUUUAAUGCUGAGGUUUUCCACUAACGUCGUUGUCGUGGUUGCUUUAUAAGCUCCCUCCUAUAAAUACCGGUUGAGGACUACUCGCGAUAGUUUCCCGCUCUUUUUACCGGCUGUGUGCAUUUACGUCGUAGUUCUCGUAGCAAGGGUUCUCGCCUGGAUUCGUUAAGAAAGUUGAAACUGAGAUCAAUUUAAGGGAAAAAGAGGAGGGAGCACUUCACGUGCACCUUCCUCAACAAACAAGCACGGAAACGCUUGCUACGCGGGCUUUUUUACGCCGCUCAGCCAUUGGCCAAUUCGGUAUUUAGUCCUGCGUGCGCCGUCGUCACUGUGCCUGUCGUCUGGUCGUGUUCGCUAAAUAUACCUAUCCUACUGUGUUAAUACCAUGUAAAUAACCGAGUAAAUACCGUAUUCCUUGUGCGGCAAAAUAUGGGAUUAAAAUGUAGUCAUAAAUUCUAUGCAAUUUUACCGCAUUGGUCUUCCUAUUCCUGUAGCCCUGGCUGAGGCAGUGGGACAUUUUACCCACUCCUGACACAUUAAACGUAGUUUUACCACUGUUUUGCUUCUUCAGUUAUGACGUCGAUUUAACACACCUAAAAACUGUUACCCAUUGGUCAUUUCCCCUGGCACUCCUUCGUAGUCCAGUUCGCAGGCAAUCGAUGCGUCGCAAGACUAGCCUCAAUACAGAAGCUGGUCGACCAAGUCGAUAGAUGAGCAGGGAACCAAAAGAAUGAAUUAAAUGCCUUUUGCUUUCUUUUGUUUUAUUCUGCGCGCGAAAAUACAAGCGUGUUUAAAAAUAAUGAGAAAAGCAAGAGCGUAGCCAAAGUGUAAAUAACCGCAUAAUUCCUCCUCUUUGGGUAAAGGUUACCACUGCGUGUCAAAUGCCUACGCCGCGGGCUUUUCUCAUCCUAUUGUAAAUGACUCGUUGGGAGUUAGUCAAUUUUCGUUUGAGUUGCAUUCCCCUUUGCCUAACUGCUAUUCCUAACCGCCUUUUAUAUAGCAUGUUCAGUGCUUACACGAUUAAAAAAAAUAUUCAAUAUAUUAUUUAGCAAUUCAGCUUUGCGCUCGAGGCCUUCUGACGCAACCUUGCACUUUCUUUUCUUUUCUUUUCUUGUGUUUCCGCGCUUCAUCAGUAAAAUGCAGCCUAGAGCUGAGACAGUGGUGUAUUUGCAAAAAGUGCAAAGAAUGGAACUAUGAAAGCUGGAGCCUGCAGUCCAUAUUAGAAAGGAUAUGCUCUUUAAAGCAGUUAAGCAAUGGAGUGCUCAAGGGAAAUAAAACUGAGGAGUUGGAACGGAGAAAACUAUAGCUGCGUUUUUUAGUUGGAUAAGAUUUCAACAACUUGUUAAGAAAAAUAAACUUUACCUCAUUAAUGGUCUUUUUUAAUUAUGAAAACGUUCGCUGGCUAAAAAUAGUUCGAGCUUUCAUUCGCCUGAUCUGUAGUUUUCAAAGGGAGAAAUGACUAAACCAUGCACUAUACACUUAGUUUUUUCAAGUUCCCUGUUAACAACACAAGGAAAUGCAUUUUCACACUGCACUCUCGACAAAUAAGUAUUCGAACUGUUUGCACCAAUCCCUUUACAAUCAACACAACUUUGGAGUUAUCUAGCCACCAGUGACUAUUAGUGAUAAGUAGGUCUAAAAUCCACAAAUUAAUCCAAAUUGUUUUCAAAUACGUCAUAUUUGUGGUAGCAGAUUGUUCACGAUGCGUCAUAAUUCAUUAAAUAAAGAAACAGCUAAAUUAGCUCGCGCGGCUGGCUAAUUUAGUUGUAUUGCGCGUGAAAACUAUAAUUACUAUGAAAACACUUUGAUAUUGCUUUGGCCUGGGUCUGAUAAAAAAAUUAAUCUUUAUGAUGCAGCAACCAGUAAGAAGCCACUCUUGAAAAUCGUUUUUAUUAUAAGGUAAGUGAGCUUAUUCAAAUACACUUACUGUACCUAACGUAAAUAAAAGUUGGUUUGGCUUUCAAAAAGAUGUCUAAGAGUUUUUGUUGAACAGUCGCAGAGGUUUUAUUGAAUGUUUUCUUCUGGUUUUGUUUUGUUUUGUUUUACAUGAUCUUAUUAGCAGUUAAGGCUAGAUAUUAUGGAUCAAGAAUAUUUCAGUCGUAGUUCUGUUUAUUUAUUAAUGACUACAGUAAACUUGAGUGCUAAUGAGCAGUUUGAGAUUUUAUCGAGUCAAAUUUGUACUCCCGAGGUCCAGCAACUAAACAACAUAUUAAGUAGCGUGAACCAGGGAUAUUUUUCCUUCAGUUUUUACAGGUGAGUUGUUCCCUGCUGUUUCAAGAAUUAACUCAUGGUUGGCCAUAAUUAUCGGCGUUAAUAAUUCACUGACACCUACGCAAAUACACCAAAAAAAUACUUCUUUUCUUUCGAAAAUGGUCUAAUUGUACAACAGAUAACUUAUUAAUGAGGUCGGUCAGUUUAGUGCAAAGAGAUUAACAGAUUUCAUGCUGCUAACGGAUCGACUCCUUUAGGUUUUCGGGAUAAUUGCUGAGGUAAAAGGAGUCAUAUUUGGGGGAAAAUGGUGAAGCCAUUUUACAAGCCCUUAGACAGACCAGAAAGAGAGGAGAUUUGGUAUUGCUAUUUCAUACCCAAUCGCGAAAAGCAAGAUUCAAAAACUCUGCCUAAAGUUCCUAUUUCUCAAGUACCAGAUUUAACGAAUGAGACUGUGAAGGGAGAUAGUGCUUUGCAGAAAAACAUUAACGUUGGACGUGUCCUGGAAACGGACUCAAAAUACGUGAAGUUGGCCAAAACAGGAGGGAGAAAAAACCUUCUAUGCUAUCUGGAAAACGAACCCAAAAGUACUGGACCCAAAGCUUAUCAUGUCCCAGAAUGGUAUCAUCACGGUGAUGGAAAAGGCGAAGAGGAAAAGGUGCUAAGCGAAGAAGAAAAACACAAGAAAUAUAAAGUAACUUAUGGAAAGCGUAGUUACAAAACUCUGAAAAAAUCCAAAACGUACGAACGACCUGAUUACAUGACGCACUUAGAGCCCGAAGAACGUAAAGACGCAUUCGGUGUGUCCGAUCGGAUUCCCGAUCGUCCUAUCUUCGGUUACGACAGUUUUUCGUAUUGGAAGCGAGACGAGCUUGAGAAGUCGAAUAAACUUCCUUGCUUGGUGCUAGAAAAUAAAUUGCAGCAGAGUAAGAGAAAAGAAGCGCAUGGGGAAGGCUCAAUUCAAAGUAAGCCUGAGGUUCGGGCUAAGAAGAAACUGAUAAAGCUAUCAAAGCAAUCUACAAAGGAAAUAGUUCCAGGGUACAGAAAAAUUGAUGACAGGUUUGGGUAUAUUACUAAGUGGCACGACAAAUGGUAUGCACAAGCCGUAAGGAGCUAA